AUGCCUCGCCCUCGACGACCUGGUGCGCCAGAGCCGAAACGCCGGAGCCGAAAAGGAUGCUGGCCAUGCAAAGCUCGCAAAGUGAAAUGCGGCGAAGAAAAACCCUCCUGUCUCAAUUGCCAAAGGCAAGGAGAGCCGUGCGACUACAGUGUUCGCCUCAACUGGGGUGGCCGAACCAAGCGGUCUUCCGUUGAUUCUCCGACUUCCACUUCGAGGGGACAUGGAGGUACGCUGAUUGGCUUUGCUGAGCCGAUGCGGAUCAGUGCCAUUGACUCGGCCGAUCUCCCCGCAUCAAUACUUUCAGGGAACAAGGCCCCUGCAGAUGGGUUCAUCAAUUUCAGAUCGGGAGACCUCGGCUCCCCAGGGGCCCUAUCGCCUAAUAGCGCUGCUGCCUUCGGCGUCUUCGACUCUCCGAAGCCUCAAGUGAUCUCAGACCAUGCGAUUUCUUCAUCUCAAGGAGAGGUUCAAUUUGCCACAACAUGGGCAGAGCAUUCUCCCGCAACUCCGGCCUCAUCGGGGUCCAUGUCACAGUACUCAUUUGGUCAGACCUUCCAUAACUCAUUCUCUCCUGCAGCAGACCAAGGAGUCGGUCUUCGAUCUCUUUCUGCGUUUGCAUUCCACUCAAGCUCGGUAUCGCAGCCUGUUUCCUUUCUUCGCAACUCAGUGGACAUGACCGGUCAUCCAUCUGAUGCAUCGUCCCAGCCGGGUCAGAUCGAUGCCCAGAUAUCUACAAGUCGUUCCUUGCCACAUGAUGACCAUGGUCUGAGUUUCUUAUUGAACGACCCUGUUGGACAGGAUGGCCCUUCUCAUGAAAUGACAGGCCACGGUGGAGUUUCGACAAUGCUGCUUCCAAGAUCCCAUGCAUCCCUCUCCCCUAGUCAUGACAGACAUACGCCUGGAUCAAACCAUGCACAAAAGCCUGAAUCGCUUCAUUCAUUACAUCAUUCCGAAAUUUUGAGUGCCGAUUCCAGGGAUAAAGACACCGAUCAUCCUGGAAGUGAAUCCCACGCCGCCCAAAGCAAAUGGCAGGCCUAUCUGACCAGUGUGACCGAUAACUAUGGCUUGGACAGCGGCCGUCCAGACCGGGAUCUGACCUUGAAUAAUGACCAUGCUGCGAUUGACAUUAACUCCGCGGUCGGCAAGGUCAACUCACAAAGUCGAGAUCGUGAAUCUUUCUCACCUACGUCGUUCCCUGGCUUGUCUGGCGUGCAAACAUCCGACUUUAGCGGUUAUUAUGCGUCUCCAGUUCCCAUUAACAUUCCUCGAUACUUGUCCCCUCUUCCCUCAUCAUUGCUGAAGAAUCCAAUCAACCUGUUGUAUUUCCAUCACUUUCUCAAUCACACGUCCAAAAUGCUGGUUCCGCACGAUUGCGACAACAAUCCCUUCGUGUCCGUGCUACCGUCGAUGGCAAUUUCCGACCCGAAUUUGCUGAAUCUGGUAUUGGCAUACUCUGCAAGCCAUCGAGCACGUUAUCUGGGCCAUGCGGAGCCGGUAACUCGCAUCGCGCAUUGGGUCAGCGAUGUUUUUCCAGCGUUGCGGGUUGCUUUAGAAGCAUCUAAAGAAGAAAUCACCGAUAGCCAUCUGGCUACGGCGAUCCUGCUCUUGUCAUUGAAGAUUGUUUGUCCUGGGACCUUUGAAGUUCCUAUCCCCUGGCAGAGUCAUUUGAAGCUCGCCAGAGAUUUGUUCAUUGCUCGCAGUGAUCGCAUUGCAAUGCCUGGGAAUCGAAUUGGCGCUUUCUUUGCUCGCUGGCUAGGAUAUAUUGACACCAUGGGCGCUCUUUCUUGCCGUCAAGCAGGUCCACCAUUGAUGUUGUACCACUCCGUUCUAGCAGAGUGCUGCCGUCCUCAAAGCCAUGACGAAUACUGCGUUGAUUGUUUCACUGGGUUUAGCCCUCGUACGGGGUUUUUCCUGCUCCGGCUUGCCCAGCUAGUUCAGCAAUGUGACAAUGAACGUUUCGACGAUAUGGGUAACUUCCAACGGGGAUGGCACCCUUCUGCAGACAUGGUGAUGGAGGCCCAGGCUGUGCUCGGGGAUUUCGAUGACCUGAACGAAAGAGUCCAUGCUGACCCGGACCAUCAUUUGGGAGCUGAGGCCGACGACAUGAUGGCCACAGAGGAAGCCUUUCGCUGUGCUGGGCUGCUUCAUCUUCACCGACGGGUGCUUGAAUCUUCGCCCGAUUCAUUUCCCGUGCAAGAUGCCCUGCGCAAGCUCGUCGGGGCUCUGGACCGUAUGCGCCUUGGUGCUUCAACCGAAGUGUGCUCACUGCUUCCCCUCUUCACCGCUGGGUGUGAAUCGCGCGAUUCCAGCCAACGAAUGAAAUUGCUCAACCGUUUCUUCGUGCUAGAGAAGUCCGGAAUGAAACAAAUUCAAAAUGCUCGGCAGCUGAUGCAACACUGCUGGGAUGACAAUCUGCCUUGGAUUGCUCUGGCUGAAGGGGAGUUCCUCGGGUAA